CAAAGAUCAUGCUAUAAAUCUUAAAAAUAUCUCAUAUCUUUCUGUAAUGGAGAUCAUAGACACACCAGAAACCCUAAAUAAUAUCACCUCAAAAAUAGACUAAAUCCUUUCUCAAAUACAAAUCCAAACACCAGACUACUCUACUGCCUAGAUUGAUAUUAAACUAAACGAUAUCAUAUAUUCUUUAUGGUCCUAAAUUGUGGAGAUGUACAUCUCCGGAAAAGAUAAAUUGGGUUAUAUUAAUGAGGAUUUACCCUAACUAGCACCUACAAACCCAACUUGUAGACGAUGGAGAAUCGAAAACUCCAUUGUUAAGAGUUGGUUGAUUAAUUCCAUGGAACCCAUCUGAUUGGAAUACAAAUUCGUAAAUAAAAUGGAAUCUCGCGGGUUAUUAUCAAACUUGACCCGUACCAAAUUUCCAAGAAAUUCUAGUUUGAUGUCUUCGUUAGACAUUGUGACAAAACAAUUUGUAUCUCUCAUCAAUAUAUAUCUUCAAUUGAUUGAAUUUUAUAUUUUUUUUUUCUUAUGAAAAAUUGCUUUUAAAAUCAAUUUUUUAGUGUAUGUCUUAAAAUCGAAUGAUGUGAAAAUUUUAUUUAAAAAGUCAAAUCGAUAACUAUCUAUACUUUUGGAAGAAAUUGAAGGGUAGGUGACUAAAAAACAAACCUUUUGAAAGAGCUUGAUAAAAUCCAUAAAUUUAGGGGGUAAAAUGAAAGUUAUCCUACUUUUUUUCCCUUCAGAGAACGGCACAACCAAACGAGGGAGAACGGAAAACAAAGAAAGAAAGACAAAAAGGAAGGAAGAAAAUAGCUAUCUUUGAGGAAGCGAAUCAAUGGAGGAGUAUGAGAAGGCAACAACAGUAAUGUGUACAGUGAUAGGCAUGGACUACGCCAACAGUCUCUCUUACAGAGCCUGCUCACUCUGCGAGAGAACUCUUCCUGAUACUCUCAAUGCCCUUUGCAAAUUCUGCCACAACAAUACCGCCUCCUCCUCUUCCAAGCGCCUCUUUCGUGUCCUUGUUUCCAUAGCCACGGAUACCAAGGUGCUUAAUGUCAUGUGCUUUGAUAGGGCUGCUAGAGUCUUGUUUGGCUGCUCUGCUGAUGACUUCUUUCACUUUUCCAAGCUUCACCCUUUCGCUGCUUCCAAUGCUGCUAAAAUUUUGGAAGGAGAGAUGUGUAGAAUGACUUUGUCCAGACCAAAGAAUGGUAAUGCACAACACUUGCGAGCUGUCUCUAUUGUACCUUUGAGGUCUGGUUUCAAGCCAGCAAUUGAAUCAUUGAAGGAAUUCUAUGGGGUAAAACCAGCAACUUCUUGAUUCUUUUAUCCAUUCAUCAUUGGAUUGACAAUGCCAUCUGUUUUGCUGUAAACAUUCUAGCCAAUUUUCCUUAAAAGAGUAGUUUGUGGCGAGGAGGUCUUGUGGGUUGGAUACAUGGUUUAAAAUGAUAAUUUGUUUUGCUUCUGAGUUCUGUUUACGACACUUGAGAAAUCAAAGGCACCGAGGCUCCUUUCUACUGAAGAAAAUAAUUGCUUAUUGUUAGUGGUAAAUUGGCUGCGGGGUGUGUAUCAAGAGACACUACAGUCUUAAGCUAUGCAUUCCAGGUCUUAAGCAUUCAAGGAUAUCUUUUUAGGGUAUCAAUUGUUUGAGUAAUAAACUGGGUAGAGCUCAGCCUAACUUACUUGAAAUCGUCAUUCUCUGGGAGAAGUGCCUGCCAAUCACUUAUGUAACAGACUAUAUUUCUCUUUACAUACAGUAAUGCUUAUAUU